AUGGGAGAAAUUUCGCUGAACACCCGCUAUCUGAGCACUAACCGUGGAAUCAUCAAGAUUCUUCAAAUUGUUUGCGGUUUCAUCAUCUGCUCGUUGCUAUGUGCUCAAUGGUAUGGCGGUAAGUCGUGUUUUGGUGAGGGACGCCUUGGCUUCUGCUCUGGUCUCAAUUUCAUCGUUGUCGUGAUCAACAUAGUUCUCCUUGUUCUCAACUUCCUUAAUAUUGGAGCAUGGGGACUAGAACGAAUCUACUCGGUAGUGUGCACUGUUCUAUUUUUGAUCGCUGCAGCACUUAUCAUCUGGUUCAUCAUUGAAUAUAACGUGUCCCGUUCGACUCUCAUUGCGAGUGCGGCUCUAAUGGUCGUCGAAUUCUUCCUAUUUCUAUGGGAUGUGAAGAUUCUUCAAGGCGAAGCAUCCAACUAA